AGAAGCAGCAGCAAACAGAAACAGCAGUAGCACAGGAGAGAAAUAGAGAGAAAGACAGAAAGGGAGAAUUGGAGGGAGGGUAGUAGUCUCAGGCACAGGAACAAUAGCUGCAGAGGACUGCUUUCCAUCUCCACUAAAAGAACAACGGACGAGUACUAGAAGGAGGAGAGGAUGUUCAUGAUAGUAGUGAGGCAAUAACGGAAGAGAAGAGUCACAUUGUAGGCACUGAGGACUGGAAUCAAGGCUCUUCUCUGCUCUCCAUGUUUUUGGGGACUCAACAUACCAUUGCCUUCGUUUCCAAACCCAGAGGAGGAUGUCUGUGUCGGGAAAGAAGGAUUUUGACGUGAAGCAGAUCCUCAGGCUCCGCUGGCGCUGGUUUAGCCAUUCAUCCCAAGGUUCGGCUGGCAGUGGAGGCGGAGGCGGUGGAGGGGUGGGUGGGUACAUCCAGCAGGAUGGCCUGGACCACAGAGGGACGCCUGUCCAGGGCCGGCUGAAAAGCCACUCACGUGAAAGAGGCAUUGGAGGACUACGAAAGAAUAACAGCCCGGUUCACAGUAUUUUGGCACCUACACCAGGGCCCACACCUGUCUAUGUCAGAACGGGUCAACAAUCAUGGCACCAUCAGCAAAACACCAUUCAGGGUCUCCAGGUCAACGAGGAAUCCUCAAAGAGCAGCUCCUCACCGAGCACCACAAGAAAGGAGGACACCAUCACUGGCCAGAAAGAUGUAAAAAGCAGCACAGAGGAACCUGCAGAGGUGGAGGCCAGAGAGAGGUUGGCCCUGAGCACCUUCUCCAAAAUGAACACCAACUCCUCGGAUGAGUUUUUCCAGGCCACAAAUCAUGCAGAACAGACUUUCCGUAAGAUGGAAACCUACCUCCAGCACAAGCAGCUGUGUGAUGUUCUCUUGAUAGCAGGGGAUCAUAAGAUACCCGCUCACAGACUGGUGCUGAGUGCUGUGUCGGACUACUUUGCUGCUAUGUUCACCAGCGAUGUGAGAGAGGCAAAGCAGGAGGAGAUCAAGAUGGAGGGAGUCGAUCCAGAAGCCCUCAGGUCCCUGGUUCAUUUCGCCUAUACCGGUGUCCUUGAGCUGAAAGAGGAGACCAUUGAGAGUUUAUUGGCGGCAGCUUGCCUCCUCCAGCUUUCACAAGUCAUCCAGGUUUGCUGUAACUUCCUGAUGAAACAGCUUCAUCCCUCCAAUUGCCUGGGAAUACGCUCCUUUGCAGACGCCCAGGGCUGCGUGGACCUGCUCAAUGUGGCUCACAACUACACCACGGAACACUUCCUGGAGGUCAUUCAGAACCAGGAGUUUCUGCUGCUCCCCACGGCUGAGAUUAUUAAGCUGCUUUCCAGCGAUGACAUCAACGUCCCCGAUGAGGAGACCAUCUUCCAGGCUUUGAUGAUGUGGGUGCGGUAUGAGGUCCAGCAGCGACAAAAAGACCUCGGUAUGCUGCUCGCCUUCAUCCGUCUGCCUCUUCUUCCUCCACAGCUCCUUGCAGAUCUGGAAAACAACAAGAUGUUCUCUGAUGAUCUGGAAUGCCAAAAGCUUCUGAUGGAAGCCAUGAAGUACCAUCUCCUGCCUGAGAGACGUCCGAUGUUUCAGAGCCCAAGAACCAAACCUAGGAAGUCCACUGUGGGCGCACUUUACGCUGUAGGAGGGAUGGAUUCUACCAAAGGCUCCACCACUAUAGAGAAGUAUGACCUGCGGACUAACACGUGGGUCCAAGUUGGAGUAAUGAACGGACGCCGGCUGCAGUUUGGUGUAGCAGUAAUAGACAACAAGCUGUACGUGGUCGGAGGGAGGGAUGGACUCAAGACGUCCAACAUGGUGGAGUGCUACAAUCCUAUCAAUAAAGUGUGGUCCACCAUGCCACCGAUGUCAACACACAGACAUGGACUUGGUAUAGCUGUGCUAGAGGGCCCCAUGUAUGCUGUGGGAGGCCACGACGGCUGGAGCUACCUCAACACGGUGGAGCGCUGGGACCCGCAGGCCAGACAGUGGAACUACGUGGCCAGCAUGUCGACACCACGGAGCACCAUGGGAGUCACAGCACUCAAUGGAAAAUUGUUUGCAGUAGGUGGUCGGGACGGCAGCUCGUGUCUGAGGUCCAUGGAGUGCUUCGAUCCGCACACCAACAAGUGGAGUAUGUGUGCUCCCAUGGCCAAAAGGCGAGGAGGAGUGGGUGUGGCAACAUACAACAACUUCCUGUAUGCCGUAGGCGGACACGACGCCCCCGCUUCUAACCACUGUUCCAGACUCUCCGAUUGUGUUGAAAGGUAUGACCCAAAGACGGACACAUGGACCACUGUGUCGUCCCUCAGUGUCCCCCGGGACGCAGUGGGUGUUUGCCUGCUGGGGGACCGGCUCUAUGCUGUGGGGGGGUACGACGGCCAGUCAUAUCUGAACACUGUCGAGUCCUAUGAUGCACAGAACAAUGAGUGGACAGAGGAGGUCCCUCUCAACAUUGGCAGGGCAGGCGCCUGCGUGGUGGUGGUGAAAUUGCCUUGAGCGUUUUGUCUCACGACAUCAUGGGAAACAAAUGAGAAAGUAGCGAAGAAGAGUGGACAAACAAAACAGCGGAUCAAGGACACAUCCUUCGAGAGUCAUGUUUUUUUCUUUUUCACUCGGCUUUCAACAUUUUCAGAGGGAAACACAGACAGAGCCUUGCCCAUAAACCAUUGUUCCUAUCAUUAGUGGACAUGCCUUCCCACUGGGGAGGACUUAUUCAGAAACUGGAAUGCAAUGCACAUUCUCCACAUUCUCAACCGAUCAAGAAUUUUCAGACUUGGCUAAGCUGUAGCAAGUGCCAAGCCUUUGUUGUACUGUUUUGUUAGUUUUCUGAAAUGUUCUGUGUAUGUCCAUUACAUUUAAUUUAGAAGUGACAUAUUGAGUAAAUUAGCCAUCUAUACAGAGACUUUUCUUAUCAGUGCCAUCACAUACAAUAUAUUUUGGGCUUUAUAUUUCACUUUAUAGCCACUCAAUUGAAAGUUGUUAUGAUACAUACAUGUAACCAAGUACCUGUGUAUUUCCUUAGUGAGUGGUCUGUACAGAUUCUUACUCUUUAGCAAAGAAGACCACUGUGAUGAGUUUGUCCAGACUGGUUUAAAGAACAGGAAUGAAAUCAAGCUUUUUGCUAAAAUAUAUAACUGAACAUUUUCUUUUUUAUUGAGACUGUAGCUGCAGAACACCAAAGUAAUUUGCUUGUCUUAGAGGUCUUGUUACACUUUAAAGAAAAGUUUACAAAAUUGUAAAUUACAGAAAAUAUAUCAUAUUGAUAUUUCACACUGCUGUACAGAUUUUUGUGAACUUUCUGAAACCACAUGUGUUGUUAGAAUCAUGCCAAAACCAGUGCACUCUGCUGACCACCGAUGUGAUUAUUAUUGUUAUUAUUCUUUUUUAUUUCUGGGCAUGCUGGCUGAGCGAAUGUUUGACUUGAUUUAUAUAAUAUUAUAUAUCAAGAUCCUUGUCUGUUCUGCAUUUUUAAGGAUAUGAUGCCUUCGCGGUCAUGUGGAUGAUCUUAUAAUUUAUAACAUACCCAUUGGAUUCAUUUAGAAGAGAAAGCAGACUAUGUCUAAGGGACAGCAGUUGCAACUAAACCAGCUAUCUGAGUCUUAUGUGCAUUACUCAGAAACAAGAUCUUACUUUUAUGUCUUUACAUAUUUAGGUCCAUAGUUUAUUGCUCUAUUCAUAAAAGUAUCAACAACGAUAACUUUAUCACAAUAAGAACACUUUGUACCUGUGUUUGGGGCCGAAUGUUAGUUUUUAUCAUCAUUUUGUACAGCAUGCAAACCUAUAAAUAAACUUUCUUCAGUCUUCUCUGCAAGUCAGAUCCUUAGAGCUGAAUGAGGCGCCUAGGCUGGGAUAUUUAAAUGUCCCUUGCUCUGCUUUAAGUAAACUAAACAGAUUUGGAAGCUGCUUUGAUGUCGGCAUUAACCUCAGUGUUCUUCUCAUUGCAGCACCCACUUUUUAAAUCAUGCAAGCAUGUUUGAGGUGCCGCUCGACAGACUGAGGACCAACUGUUAUUGCUUGCGUUUGAUUUUUUUCAUUGUUUACCAUCCAAAUAGUUCACUCUGCCUCACCCUCCUCUCACUUGUUUGGUAAGAUUUAAAUUGUUUUUGCAGACACAAUUUGGGCUUAUAUGUCCACAGCUGUUCUCGGAAUACACCAAAUAUAACACUCCUUUAUCUUUUAUUUAUUUUGAAGCAAAGCCCUUUUUGCACCAUAUAUAUCUCAUUUGAUGUGCAGAUAAAUCUCCUCUAACUUCUUAUUUCUGUUUAUCUGCAUCUCCUGUCAGAUCCUGUAAUGGAGAUCAAUAAAGGAUAAUAGCUUUCUCCUUAGUUCACCUCUGGAGGGUAUAAUAUAACCGAAAGCCCUACCAUGUAGAAUAUGUAUCUCCAUAUAUCUCUGUCUAAUUAAUUCAGCAUAAUAUAACGGCUGUAGUAACACAAGCCAACAGUGAUGAAAAUAGCUUUAUUCAAUUUGUCCCUGCAAUGGAUAACAUUUUUGCACAUUUGUAACCUUAUAUUAUUUUCUUGGGAGGUCUCUCACUAUUGCUAAAUCCUACAUAUGUUAUACUAAACUGCUUUGCAGACUCCGGUCAAGUUGCUACCCAAUAGUUGGCAACUGCAGUUUAAAAUGUGGUGAGAGUAUGACACACUCUCCCAAAGUCAACAUGUUGUCUGUUUCUGGGAAUAAGGGCUGUAGUAAGAAUGAGCUUUUUGCUGCUUUGACUCGUGUUAAUUGACUUUUGCUUAAUGGUUUGUAGGAAUUUCUAAGUGAUAAAAUCACAUUUACAUUUAGAGGAAAGGUGGUGCUGUACUGAUCUAGAGCUGGCUGAAGUUUGAUAUCAAAACCACAUCUAUCUUUAACAUAUUAUUACCUAAACAUUUUAGUAUUUCAAAUGAUUAAAUAAAACAUAUUGAUUUAUA